CUUCAUGUUGACAGUGUUAGCACAAAUGUACGCACGCGCGAGUGUAAUUACACAGAGGUGUUCUGUCAUACGACUUUUCGACAGCACUUUUAAUAUACAUUCACUAUUGUUUCAUUUUAUGUACUUCAUGUUUAAUGUAAUUGAUCAUUCUUUUCUCGAAUAUCGUAACAGAUUCCGUAUCUACUAAUAAUCAAAAGAUUUCGUGUAGUGCUGUAACCUUUAUCUAAUUUCGUUCUUCGUUAUAAAUUCAUCGUUUUAUAUAAUUUCUUUGUACUAGUUUAAAAAUUUCGGUAUGAGUGCUACUUUAAGUUCAAGAGCUGAACAAUAUUUCUAUAGUAUAAACCCAUUGGCUCAAAGAAUAGGAGAAGACAUCACAGCAACAAAGGAAGCUUAUGAGGGUCUGUGGAAUACUUUGAGCACAGCAGAGCGUAAUCAAGCAAUAAAUGAAACUAUUAUUCAGCCAGAAGUAGCAUUGAAAUAUACUUUGAAAAAAGUUGAAUUCACAAAAGAACUACCUGAAUGGUAUCCAAAAUUACGCAUUCAGACGGGUAUGAAAUAUGCCAUUGAUGAGACUGGUUCAACACUGCGAUGGAGAGAUGAACACUCAGCUCCAUUUUCAUUCAUGACUCAAUCACAAAUGAAUCUCAGUAUAAUAGAUUCAACAGAGGAUGCUAAGUCUAAGUUGAUAAGGGCACAAUUCGGGGAAUCACCACAUUUCUCUAGCCCCUCCAAAUCACAGAGAAAUAAUUCAAACUCACUUAAUGAUACUUAUUCUUCGCAUCAAGUCAGUCGCUUUCAAACUGACUGUUACAGAAGUAGCAUUUAUGAAGAUGAACAAUGUGGAGGUUUAUUGAAAAGUAAUGGGGAUAAUGACCACUCCGAAAGUAUAUUUACUAAAUUAAUGAAUAAAACUUCUUUAUUGAAGUUACAAAAUAACUUAGAUGAUGACAUGGAGAGCUUAGUUAGAGAAAGGGACUCUGACACUGACAAAAGUCAGUCGAAUACAUUAGUUGUAAUGUCACGCACAAAGUCCAGUGAUAUUAACGAGUCGACUGCAUUGUUAGAAACACCUAGUUCGUACAGUAGCUUCCAAUCGUCUCAACUUAAUCAAGAGGAAGAGGAGAGAGCUAUACCAAAGACUGGUUUUGAAUUUCUUGAUAACUGGUAAAUGAUUGACUAUUAAUAUUUUAUUUAGUAAUUACUACAGUGAUCUUUGUUUAAUAUUAAUAAUAUAGUUAUUAAUAUAAAAUUGCAUCAGUAAGGGUUUCUAUAACUUUAGUUCCUAAAAUUAUAAUGCCAUGGCAGUACAGAUUAAAAUUCUCAGAAAUAUCUUACCUUAUUUUCAAGGUGUAAUUUCAGUACCUAUGUAAAUUAAUUACGAUCUCAAAUCAUAAAUAUAUAUAUAAACAUAUAUAUAUAUAUAAUGAUUCUACUAUGAAAAACGUGCUACUUAGAAUGUAGGUAUAAUGUUAGGAAUAAUUGUUUAUCAUAAAUAAAGUACGUGCAUAUCGGAUUUAAUAAAUUUUAUGGAAAUUCUCUCUUGUAGUAAUAUCACGGAGUUUGUAUACAGAUAUUAAACAUAUGUUUUUGAUAAUUAUUAUAAGAACGAUUGAAAAUAUUACUGAAAUAUCGGUUUUUUAUAGGCGUGUAACGUUUUGAUAAUCUUUUUACAAAUGCUGUCUUAUUAAAGCAACGUUUUUCCAAGUUUCUUCCUAAGAUAAUUAUUAAUUAUCAUCAUUUAGGAUCUAGAAAUCUCUUAGAUACGACGACAAGUAUUCAACAAAGACUGAAGAGGCUAUUUUAUUUGAUUUUAUACAAUUCAUCAUCGACAUAUUUCUCGAAGAAAUAGCUGCGAUAAAUUUGAUAAGAAAAUCAUUGAAACUGUAACCUGCAUAGAAUAACAGUUGGUGCAUUGUAAUUCAUAGAAUACAUUAUACUCUUGCCACUCAUUGAGCUACUGAUGAACAAAAUGAUGUAACGUUGUAGUAUGAGAAUGUGUACGUUGCUUGUGUGGAAUUGGUUGUGCCUGUGUGCUUAUUAACC